UUGAAGUUUGAGCUCAAAAACCCAAAACCCUACGCAGAGAGAGAGAGAGAGAGGGGGGGAAAAGGGAAGCCAACCCACAGAUUUUCUAGAGAGGGAUGAGUAAUUGGCUAGGGUUUUCUCUCACGCCUCACCUGAGAGCAGAUGGAGGAGGAAGAAGAAGAAGAGGAGAUGAUGAGGAUGAUCAUGAAGAGGAAGAAGAACAAAUAGAAGUACCAGAACCAGAUGAAGAAGAAGAAGAUGUACAAGGAGAAGGGAACCAAGGAAUCCAUCUUCAUCAUGACCACCACCAACACCACCAUCAUCAACAUAAUCAUCAUGAUGAUGGCAUCUCCCUUAUGUCUCUUCGAUCUGAUGGUUCUCUCAGCGUUACCGAAGGUCCCUUCAGGAGCUCCCAUGGAGGACCUCAUCAUCAUCAGGUUCAAGAAUGGAACUAUCAGAGUAUAAUGGACGCACCCAGCACGAGCAAUGAGUCCCCGAAGCUCGAAGACUUCUUCAACUCUCAGCCGCCAGCCCAAAACGAUGCCGGGUUCAACAUCAACGUGAACGCCCCAGUUCUUGGCAUUCCCGCUGUCGAUGGAGGCGGGCGGCACCCCUUUAAUGGGGUUCAAAGCAGUAACGUCCUUGCCCACCCUCUCCUGUCGCCGCCCUUCCACGGUCUCACCACCACCCCGCCUGGUCACCACCCACAUUUUGAUGGUGCCACUGGGAUCACCUCCGUGUCCGGGCUCAAGUCCUGGCUGCGACAGGCAGCACCGCAGCAUCCAGGGGAGAGACCCGCAUCCAGCGGAGGGUGCAACUACCAGGCCCUCUCGCUCUCGGUGAACCCGGGUGCAGAGGGCAGUGAUGGUGGUGUAGUGGCGCCGCUGGAGCCCAUGGUGGUUGGGGGCAAGAGGAGUGGCGGUGAUUAUGCGUCUCCGGUGGCUGCAGCGGCUGGAAGGGAACCGGUCCCUCGGAAAUCUAUAGAUACCUUCGGGCAGAGGACUUCUCAGUACCGCGGCGUUACGAGGCAUAGGUGGACGGGGAGAUAUGAGGCACAUCUUUGGGACAACAGCUGCAGGAAAGAAGGGCAGACAAGGAAAGGAAGGCAAGUUUAUCUGGGUGGAUAUGAUAAGGAAGAAAAAGCAGCAAGGGCUUAUGACUUAGCCGCAUUGAAGUAUUGGGGUCCAACAACUCACAUAAAUUUCCCACUUAGCGAUUAUGAGAAAGAGCUAGAGGAAAUGAAGAAUAUGACCCGGCAAGAAUUUGUCGCCCACUUAAGAAGGAAAAGCAGUGGAUUUUCUAGAGGAGCAUCUGUCUAUCGAGGUGUGACAAGACACCAUCAACAUGGAAGGUGGCAAGCCCGAAUAGGAAGGGUUGCAGGCAACAAGGACUUGUACCUUGGUACCUUUAGUACCCAAGAGGAAGCAGCAGAAGCAUAUGAUAUUGCCGCCAUCAAAUUCCGAGGAACAAAUGCUGUGACAAACUUUGAUAUCAGCCGGUACGAUGUGAAGAGAAUAUGUUCAAGCUCCACUUUGAUAACGAGCGACCUUGCAAAACGUGGUAGUCCUCCAAAAGCAGCCCUCGAGGAGUACGGUUCUUGUGCCACAAUGAUGGACCCUCACCGGCAACAUCCGAUUCCCACAACCUUAACUGGUGAUCAUUGUCACGAGCCUUCUGAGGAGCUCGCUCACAUGGUUUCUAGCCCUAAGACUAUCCAGAGAUGCACGCUCGAAGAAGGCAAUAGUUCAGGGGACUUUUGUGCUGGAGAAGUUUAUAAUUCGCAGGAAUACUUCUCGCUGGAAGAUCCAACUGCGAAGUACCUCGAAGAUCACGCCAGUGACAGGAGGGAACCUGAUUCGAGUGGCAAUAGGCAGGGGAGUGAUUUGGGGUUGGUUCAAAAUCAAGUGCUUCCAAUGUUCGCUUUGUGGAAUGAGUAGUCAAAUAGGGUUUGUAUGUUGGAAAAAGAAGAGAGGGGAGUCAGAAGGAAAAAGCUAGAUAGCUUUGAUUUAUUGUGAUCAAAGGGCCAUAUAUAGUUAUAUUUAUAUAUCUCCAUCUAUAUAUAUAUAUAUAUAUAUAUUGUAGGCUUUAGUAUAGCUAGUCAAACAUUAUAGGUACAUCUUAUAUUAGGGGAAACAUAUAUUAGCUGCAUUAAUAUGGUGAUUAUUAUAUAUUUUGUUUUUUGUUUUU